GCAUAAAAGGAGCGGUUGCCAGGCGGCUCGAAUCAGUUGAGCAAAGGUGUUCGUUGCCGUAUGAGCUGCAUUUCUUUGCGAAGUCCACGACUUUUACGCCUGCGUCGAGAUUUUGAGCUAUUUGACGUCUUUAUAGAACAGAAAACAUGCAGAUUUUUGUCAAGACAUUGACUGGGAAGACCAUUACCCUCGAGGUCGAGGCUUCCGACACUAUUGAAAAUGUAAAGGUGAAGAUUCAAGAUAAGGAGGGAAUUCCACCCGAUCAGCAGAGGUUGAUCUUCGCCGGCAAGCAACUGGAGGACGGACGUACUUUGUCCGAUUACAACAUCCAGAAGGAGUCGACCCUUCACCUGGUCCUGCGUCUGCGCGUUAAGACCCUUACCGGCAAGACCAUCACCCUGGAAGUCGAGGCUUCCGAUACCAUCGAGAACGUGAAGGCAAAGAUUCAGGACAAGGAGGGAAUUCCACCAGAUCAGCAGAGACUCAUCUUUGCCGGCAAGCAGCUAGAGGAUGGCCGCACUCUGUCCGACUACAACAUCCAGAAGGAGUCGACCCUUCACCUGGUCCUGCGUCUGCGCGGUGGAAUGCAGAUUUUUGUUAAGACUCUCACUGGCAAGACCAUCACCCUGGAAGUCGAGGCUUCCGACACGAUCGAGAAUGUAAAGGCGAAGAUCCAAGACAAGGAAGGAAUCCCACCAGACCAGCAGAGACUCAUCUUUGCCGGCAAGCAGCUAGAGGAUGGCCGUACUUUAUCCGACUAUAACAUCCAAAAGGAGUCGACCCUUCACCUGGUCCUGCGUCUGCGUGGUGGAAUGCAGAUCUUUGUUAAGACCCUUACAGGCAAGACCAUUACAUUGGAGGUGGAGGCAUCCGACACAAUUGAAAACGUUAAGGCCAAGAUUCAGGACAAAGAAGGAAUUCCCCCAGAUCAACAAAGGUUGAUCUUCGCCGGCAAGCAGUUAGAAGAUGGUCGCACAUUAUCUGAUUACAACAUUCAAAAAGAGUCAACGCUUCACUUAGUCCUCAGGCUUCGAGGUGGAAUGCAGAUCUUUGUUAAGACUCUUACAGGUAAGACCAUCACUUUGGAGGUCGAAGCAUCCGAUACCAUUGAGAACGUUAAAGCUAAGAUCCAGGACAAGGAAGGAAUCCCACCCGACCAGCAGAGAUUGAUCUUCGCUGGCAAGCAAUUAGAAGAUGGUCGCACGCUGUCUGAUUAUAAUAUUCAAAAGGAAUCUACUCUGCAUUUAGUCCUGCGACUUCGUGGAGGCAUGCAGAUCUUCGUUAAAACGCUCACUGGCAAAACAAUCACCUUAGAAGUGGAGGCGUCCGACACGAUUGAAAACGUCAAAACUAAGAUUCAGGAUAAAGAAGGCAUUCCUCCGGAUCAGCAGAGAUUAAUCUUUGCUGGCAAGCAACUCGAAGAUGGCCGUACCCUCUCCGACUACAAUAUUCAGAAGGAGUCCACUCUGCAUCUCGUCCUUCGACUUCGUGGUGGGAUGCAGAUUUUUGUCAAAACCCUUACGGGCAAGACGAUAACCUUGGAGGUGGAAGCAUCGGACACCAUCGAAAACGUUAAAGCCAAAAUUCAGGAUAAGGAAGGGAUCCCGCCAGACCAGCAGAGGUUAAUCUUCGCUGGAAAACAAUUGGAGGAUGGUCGAACGCUUUCAGACUACAACAUUCAGAAAGAGUCAAUGCUUCAUUUGGUUCUUCGACUUCGUGGAGGUAUGCAGAUCUUCGUGAAGACCCUCACCGGGAAAACCAUCACUCUGGAAGUCGAGGCGUCGGACACGAUCGAGAACGUAAAGGUCAAAAUUCAAGAUAAGGAAGGAAUUCCCCCGGACCAACAGCGACUCAUCUUCGCUGGGAAACAACUCGAGGAUGGACGCACAUUAUCCGAUUACAACAUCCAGAAGGAGUCCACCCUACAUUUAGUACUUCGCCUUCGGGGAGGCAAUUAACGUGUUUAGGAAAAUUGAUACGAUUCUGUUCUCAGUGGUAAAAUAAAAUCUCUACUGCUUUGCUAUUUUUUUACGUGUAAUUUCCAUUGCUUUGCGAAUAAAAGUCUGUUCGGUUUGUA